AUGCAGUGCACUCGUGCAGUUGCAAGACUGGCCAGUGGCAUAGUCAGAACGCAAUGGGUACCACACCAACCCUAUAAACAGACUCCAUUAAUAUUGGGAACCUUUGAGCAAUCCUGUCGUUUGUGUUCAUCCACCGGCGUUGUAGAUAGUCCCAAUAAAACCAAAUCCGGCACAGGAGCACCCACAGAAGGCGGCAUUCUAAAGAGAGUGCUUACCAAAGUGGGAUUCACACCCAACACAAAGGCGCGCCUCAAGGUAACCAGUCAUCUGUUGUACGAGAGCGUGGCCGAUAAGAUCAACUAUGUGGCCUUCUUCCGCGACUUCAAUCUGCCAAAUACGUUCAACUCCUGGUUUCUGGUCACCGAACUGCACGUCUGGCUCCUCCUAAUGCGCUCCAUGGCCGAGGGCUCCGAAACCGGCGAGGACGGACGCUUCCUGCGCAAUUGCAUUGUGGAGGCCAUGUGGGGAGAUGUCAACACUCGUGCGAAGAAGUUGGGAGCCCACAAUCCCUCACGCACACGUCAGCAGAUCGAGACAUUAUCCGAGCAGUUCCAAGCGGCUCUCAUCGCCUACGACGAGGGCAUUAUGUCCGACGACCGGAUUUUGGCCUGCGCCCUGUGGCGCCGCUUCUUCGAGAUGAACUGCGAUGAUUACGCGCAGAUCGAGCGAUUGGUGAAGUACGUCCGCAAGCAGGCCGCCAUGCUGGACAGUUUGUCACGCGAUCAAUUUAUAAUUAAGCCCAAGGUGGCCUGGCUGGAUCUGGACAAGGUGUAAUUUUAGUUUUUAUUUGUUUUUUAAUAAAGUUGAGAGUAAGUAAAGUAAAA